AUGAGUGGUACAACGACAUUAUCUUUACCAUCUAAUGGAUAUAAUUUUGUUGCGAUAGCCAAUCAAGCAACUUCCUAUGCUUUUUCAGUUACAAUGGUGUUCAUAGUGUUCACAAGUCUUUUAAAUGCUUGUGUUCUUUGGCGUCGUGCUCUACGAUUAUCUUCGUGUACUUAUUAUUUUCUAGCUUCAAUUCCACCUGUUUUAGCUUAUGUCAUUGUAACACCUUUGAAUACUAUACUCAUAUAUUAUUUUGGUUUUCGUAUGCAUAGUACACCAAUAAAUUNAAUAAAUACUUUGGAUAAAGAAUAUUUCUUUGUAAAUGCGCAUUCAUCGACAACAUUUAAAACACCUCGUGAACGUCAACAAAGCCAAUUUACAUCGAAUACUGUUCAUGCAUGCAUUGAUACAGCAUUGGAUUCGUUAAAUAUUGCUACACAUGCCAGUGCUAUAAUAUUUUCAUUACAAAAUAUUUUCAAUUUAAAUAGAAUUCAAUCGAUUCCAUCGGCAGUGGUUGAUCAUGUUCGAGGACUUCUCGAUAGAACAAUGUCUAUUUACUCUCGAUCAAUUCAACAAGCACGUGAUGGAACAAAUUGUUUACUUUAUGCAAUUGAAGAAAAUAAUAAUACUAAAAACAAUUCUGCAAUUGAGAAAUCAAUGGAAAAAUACAAAAGAAUCUAUCGAGAAGCUCAAAAUGGAGAAAAUUAUGUUAGAGCUCUAGCAGAAUCACACAAAGAACUUAUUGAUGAAGUUGAGAAAGCCGAACCAGAUGAAACAACGGAAGUACGACAAGAAGCGAAGAAAUCAUCAAUAUUAUGA